UCUCCAUUUCAUUUUCGUCAUCAUCAAGGACAAUAUAAUCAAUAUCAAACCACACACACACAGAGAGAGAGAGAGAGAGUUGACUUGAGGAGAAGUUUGAUUAUAUAAAGAGAAGGGUCUUGGAGAAACAAAGAAGAAGAUGAAUUCAUUAGGAGGAGGAGACAUGAAGAGCUUGAACGUCGUCGUUUGCUCUGGUGAGGAUGAUAAUAAGCAGCCAAUUCCUUCUUCUUCUUCAUCAUCAGCAUCAAGUGUAGAGAAACGUCUGAUUGGAAGAAUCGUAGCUGUGUUCUUAGUUGGAGUAACAGUUUCAUGCUUGGUUUUGUACAAGCAAUCUUUUAUCUUUCGUGUUCCAUUAAUCCAGGGAAAUUAUGGUUAUGAUUAUGACAGUGAUUUGGAAAGAGUAUUAAAGGCAGCAUCAAUGGGGAAUAAAACAGUUAUAAUAACAACUCUAAAUGAAGCAUGGGCAGAGGAAGGAUCCAUAAUUGAUUUGUUCUUGGAGAGUUUCAAGAUUGGAAACAACACACAGAAGCUUGUGAAAAAUUUGGUGAUAAUAUCAUUAGAUCAAAAAGCAUACACUCGUUGCUUAGCAAUUCAUCCACACUGUUUUGCUCUUAAAACCAAAGGCCUUAAUUUUUCAAGCGAGGCUUAUUUCAUGACGCCCAAUUACUUGGAGAUGAUGUGGAGAAGAAUUAGGGUUUUACUUACUGUUCUCCAGAUGGGUUACAGCUUCGUUUUCACGGAUGCAGAUAUAAUGUGGCUACGAGAUCCAUUUCCACACUUCUAUGAAGAAGCAGAUUUCCAGAUAGCUUGUGACAAUUAUUAUGGGAAUCCAUCUGAUAGAAACAACAGACCAAAUGGAGGAUUCAACUAUGUUAAAUCUAAUGAAAGAACCAUCAAAUUCUACAAGUUUUGGUAUUCCUCAAGAGAAAAAUUUCCAGGACUUCAUGAUCAAGAUGUUCUAAAUAAGAUCAAAUUUGAUCCAUUGAUUGACAGAAUUGGAAUGCAAAUGAGGUUUCUUGAUACAGCUUAUUUUGGUGGGUUUUGUGAACCAAGCAAAGAUUUCAACUUGGUUUGUACAAUGCAUGCAAAUUGUUGCUUUGGUUUGGAGAAUAAAGUUCAUGAUCUUAAGUUGGUGCUUCAAGAUUGGAGAAGCUUUAUGUUGAAACCUAAUUUGUCUUCAUUCUCUUGGAGAGCUCCACAAAAAUGCAGGAUAUCGUCAUAGUCUUCGAAGCUCAGCUAAAGGUGAGUUUUUGCGAAGGCGCGGGCAUACUGUUGAAGGUUGCAUCUGGCCCAACUAUAAUAGCUCUUCAGGGUCGUGAUACUUAGAUCAUCAUGAAGGUGCAAUCAUACUACUUGGCACUGUGGGCUGUGACCUGUCCGACCAUAAUGCCUCUUCAGUAUUAUGGUCCUAAAGUGAGGGGUUGGAUUAUGCAAGACUGAUUUCGAGGAUAAGGCUAGAAAGGUAGUUAAAGAGUCUAUUUUUCGCAUGGCUUUCCAACUGGUGUCUUUCUAUAGGAUGAGAUAGAGUUUCUGUUAAUAGAUUUUUUUUAGGGUUCUGAUGUAAUAGAGACUUUGCUUGAGUUUCUUUGUAAUCUUUUGUAAUGAAAAUAUUUAUUUUGUCUCUC